AGGAUGAAUUCUUUGUGGGUUUUAUCUUCCUUGGUCACUGUGAGAAUGUUCUGCUCAACAGAGGAAAAAAUAGGUCAUGCUUUACGUGUGGCAUUGUUGUAGCAAUGUCAGAAGUUUGAAAUAAAUCCUGUUUGGCUGCUGUACAUUACUAAACCUGUUCGUGAUGGCAAUUAUGCCAGAACAGUUGAUUGUAAAUAAACCUGCUUUGCCGGUGACGCUUUGUGAAACUCUCUUCAUGAAGAAUUGGAGCGUGUGAUGAAAACCAGCAUGCGACCAAGAACAUUUUGUGAUAUUGUCCUUCUGAUGCUGUAAAUCUUCAAAGUGCUUGCGAUCAUAUAUGUUUGCCAUGCCAUGCUCGUUGUGUGUAGAAAGCUCAUAGAAUAGAAGGUUAAACUAUUUUUCCCAUGUAUCGCAAGGACACACAACAUUUGUUAGGCCAAGGACUGUUUGAGAGCUGUUAUGUUAGUGCGGUGAAGCUUGUACUCUAACAAGGAGAUGGGUAUAAGGCAAAGAAACAGUUGGGACCGAGAUAAAUACAACAUUGAUAUUGAUGUAAUUUAUGUUUGCUUGUACAGUAUUUACUUAAUAUAGUCUAAUAAUGAUCACUAUAAGUACCCAACAUAUAGUUUCCCUUCCAGUCAUUAAAAUUACAAUUCUAUAACAAUUUUUGGAGGGGCUCUGAAAGCCAUGUUUGGAGGUCAGGUUCUGCAUCCUUGGCUUAGUCCAAUUCUGGUUUUCUCUAGAUGUUUUAGACUACAGUUCCCAUUAUCUCCAGCUAGCAAAAGCAUUGCCCAAGGAUAGCUGAGAUGACUGAAACCAGUCCAAUAGAUUUGGAGAAUGUGAAGCUGGAGAACCCAGAACCAAAGUCUAUCUCAUGAAAGGAAGAGAAAAUGAUUCCUGAUCCAGAAAAUUUUUCUUGUAACAGGAAAGAUUCUACAGCAAACUGUAUAGCCCUAUGCUAUUGGAGCAAAUGCCACAUUUCAAAUAAUUUUCUCUGUAGCAGUGUAGGUAUGCCACUGAGCAGUAUGCCACUGAGCAGUAACGAUACAAUCCUCAAAGAGAUUACUCUUGAAAUAGGAGGCAGCCCCUAGAAACUUGGGUAAUUAAAAAAAAAAAUCUAAGAGUUGGUUGUAAGUUGGGAAACUACCAGACAAUUCCAAGUUCUAGAAUGGACUGAGAAAUUGAAAAAAAAAUAAAUCUCAGAAGUAGGGCAGUAGCAAAUCAUUUCUGUAUUAUCCAAGAAACCUACAUGAAUGUGACUGUACUGUCACUUGCAAUUGAGCAACUGAAUUUGCUUCAAGGAAGUCAUAUCUACCUCCUACGAACAACCUGCUAUAGCAGAUUAAAGGUAGAUACUGUAUAAUGCAGUACUAGAAUGAAGCACAUGAGACUUCUUAGAUAAUUGUAAAUUAAUAUUGUAGUAACUAUUUUCUUUGAUUAAAUACGUUGCUGCAAAUUUGACUCUUUUCUUGGGGUGGGUGUUAUGGAAUAAUUUUACUUUACAGAAAGCUGCUGGACUGGAUACUUUAGAGGCCCCUAUGGCUGUGUAUGAUGAAGACCUCUUGAGGAACCCUUUCUAUUUGGCCAUGCAGAAACGACGUCCUGAUCUCUGCCGGAAAGUUGCAGAACUCCAUGGAACUAUACUGGUACCUUGUAAAGGCAGCCUUUCCAACAGUGUCAUUUCAGCUUGCCAGUUCGACUCUUACGUUCUCAAAGCAGCAGACAACAACUUUCACACUUUGAAUGGAAAGGAAAUCUUUAUACAAGGAAACAUGAUCAUCCUUGGGGGCGAAUUUAACCAGCAUUGCUCAAUACCUAUUCUCUUUGAGGAAACGUUUUAUAAUGACAGGGAAGAGAGCUUUAACAUCCUUUGUAUAGCUCAUCCUCUAGAGAAAAAUGAAAGUAAAGAACCGUCCUCAACGGCAUCCCACUGUUACUCCUUGAAAAACAUUGAAGAUGUGAAAGAAUUCUUGGGAAGGCAUGCAGAAAAAUUUGAUAAAGCUAUUGCAUCUUUCCACAGGACUUUCAAGGAGCAUGACAGGAAAAUCCUGCGACACUAUAUAGAUUCUGUGAACGCCCUCUACACAAAAUGCAUUCAGCAGUUGCUGAGAGAUUCCCACCUUAGAAUGCUUGCAAAGCAGGAACUUCAGAUGAACCUGAUGAAACAAGCUGUGGAUAUGUACAUCCAUCACUCCCUCUAUGAUGUCAUCUUUAAAUACGUGGGGACCAUUGAAGCAAGUGAGGAUGCAGCUUUCAACAAAAUUACCCGAAGUUUACAAGACCUGCAGCAGAAGGAUCUGGGUAUCAAGCCGGAGUUUAGUUUCAACAUCCCACGUGCAAAGCGAGAACUGGGACAGCUGAACAAGUGCACCUCUCCACAACAGAAGCUUCUCUGCUUGCGCAAAGUGGUGCAAAUCAUCAUGCAAUCUCCAAGUCAAAGAGUUAACAUGGAGACAAUGUGUGCUGAUGAUCUCCUUUCAGUGUUGCUCUAUCUCCUUGUGAAAACCGAAAUUCCUAACUGGAUGGCAAAUUUGAGCUACAUCAAAAACUUCAGAUUUUGCAGCUCAGCCAAGGAUGAGCUGGGAUAUUGCUUGACCUCAGUUGAGGCUGCGGUAGAAUAUAUCCGUCAAGGAAACCUCUCUGACAGGACACCGGGAUCUGAAGGAUUUAGUGAGAAGCUGUUCUUAAGACAGAGAAUGAAUUUGCUCUCCCACAUGUCCACCACCCCGAUAGACUGCUUAUUUAAGCAUGUUGCUUCGGGCAACCAAGAAGAAGUAGAACGCUUAUUGAGCCAAGGAGAUAGUGAUAAGGAUACAGUGCAAAACAUGUGCCAUCCGCUCUGCUUUUGUGACAAAUGUGAGAAGCUAGUUUCUGGGAAGCUGAAUGAUCCUUCCAUCGUUACUCCAUUUUCUAGAGAUGACCAGGGUUUUACUCCACUACAUGUAGCUGCUAUUUAUGGGCAAGCCUCGUUAAUUGAUUUGCUAGUCUCCAAAGGCGCUGUUGUCAGUGCCACGGAUUACCACGGAUCAACACCACUUCAUCUCGCCUGUCAGAAAGGAUACCAGAAUGUUACUCUCCUCUUGCUACAUUAUAAGUCCAGCACAGAAGCCCAAGAUAAUAAUGGCAACACCGCACUUCAUUUAGCCUGCGCUUAUGGGCAUGAAGAUUGUGUCAAGGCUCUGGUUUAUUAUGAUGUCCAUUCUUGCAAGUUAGACAUUGGUAAUGAAAAAGGAGACACGCCCCUCCACAUAGCUGCCCGCUGGGGCUACCAAGGAAUUAUUGAAGUCCUCCUGCAGAAUGGAGCUAGCCCAAGCAUUCUGAACCGGAUGAAAGAGACUCCUGUGCAAUGCGCAUUAAAUUCAACGAUUGUAUCCUUGAUGGAGCUGAACUUCCUCACUUUUGAAAAAGGACAGAGUGUUUCUCAGUCACCGGUCCGAUCUUCUCCAUGUUGUGAGGACACCAUCAGCCAAAUAUCAUCCACCUCCAGUUUAUCUUCAGUAACACCAGUGGCAACAGUGACACCAGAAGAAACUAAAGCUAAUUAUAAAGAGGUGGACAAACUUUUAAGAGCAGUUGCUGAUGGAGACUUGGAGAUGGUGCGUUAUCUCUUGGAAUGGGUGGAAGAUGAUCUGGAAGAUCCCAAAGAAGCCAGCAGUAUGGGGACCCCAGAAUUAUGUCAUCCUUUGUGUCAGUGUUCUAGAUGUAGUCCAGUGCAAAAGAAGUUCUUCAGGCUUCCCUCGAAUGGCCUUGGAGUGAAUUCUACAAAUCAAACUGGCUUGAUGUCACUGCAUGUCGCUGCUCUACAUGGCCAUGUGGACCUGGUAGCCCUCUUACUGAAACAUGGAGCAAACAUUGCAGCCAAAGAUGUGAACCAAGCAGGAGCUCUCCACCUUGCCUGCCAGAAUGGCCACUUUCAGGUAGUGAAAUGUCUGAUAGAGUGGGGUGCUAAGCAAAACAAAAAGGACAUUUAUGGAAAUACUCCCUUAAUGUAUGCUUGCUUGAAUGGCUAUCAGGACAUAGCAGCCUUUUUAUUACAGCAUGGAGCCUCAGUUAACCUUUCCAAUAACCAAGGCAACACACCUCUUCACAAAGCGGUGAUAGGAAAUUACAAAGCUUUGGUUCAGUUGCUGCUGCAGUAUGGCGCAUCGGUCCACCUUAGGAACAACAGGCAGUGCACCCCCCUUGACUAUGCUGAGCCUAAUUCAGGGCUCCUCAAGCUUCUUCAGGCUGCAGUAUCCGCCGAGGAGGGAGAACAGAUACUCUGCAAAGCUCACAUGACCCGGAAGAUCAGGAAAAAAAUCAGUUUUAAGACUCCUGAGACAGCGGAUGAUCUUGUUGCCCGACAUCUUCAACUACUCAAGUCAAUCCACCAAUUUAACAAAUCAAGAGACUUGCGCAAAGCAGUAACGGAAGAUAAAAGCCUGCCUAACUUUGAUGAAGAAUUAUUGCAUCAGCUAGCUAUCAAGAACUUUGAUAAGAACAAACAGAAUCCAGUGGAUGUGCUAGAGCAAAUCCAAACUCAUAAUCUUGAUGCCAACAGUGGAUCUGUAACAGCUGAAGAUGAGGUUGAUGCAGAGAGAGCACCUCUUAGAAAUAAACAAAUACAUCAGAGUCACACUGUUAGUGUGGCACUUUCAACAACAGAUAUCAGUGACUUCUGCAGUUUAUCCAAAGAUCCAAGUGCUGCUUCCACUGAUAGCUGUCCUGAGGAUUGAUGCUCUAAAAAAGAUGAACAAGGAAGUCUUACAUAAGAAACACAAGAUUCAGGAGGAGUCGUUUUCUCAUUCAACGUUAAAGAAGCUACUUGGGAUCAAGGUUUUCAAAAUUAUAAUGGACAUUCAGCAGGAAGCCAAGCCUCCUCCUCUUACUUGGCACGGAGUUUGCACUUCUGGAGACUGACAUUCCCGUUUAUUUUUGAAUAAAUCAUUAAAAUCCCCUACAACAGAUCUAUAUUAAAAAAAAAAAACACCUAGAUAUAUAUAUUGAGAUGUCAGAUCUAUAUUCCAUAGUAUUGCACUCUCUAAUCAAUUUUAGUAAUAAUAGGUAUGUGAGAGCAAAACUCUUUUUAAUGGCUUUUCCAAGGACUGUUCUAUUUUAUUCUGAAAAGGCAGAGGUUUUAGUUGAACUGCUAAUUUAUGCUGAUCGAUGGAAUGCCUCCAGUACUCCCAACAGUAUGAGAUGUGUUUAAAAGUUAAAGAGGCAAAAUUGCAUAGCUCAUUUAGUGCUCACUGAAUUUAUUGCAAUGGAGGUCGUACACUGAUAACCAUGUUGGAAUAGGGAAAUUAGAGUAAUGGCCUUUAACAAAGGGUACAUUGUAUCAUGCAGAAGAGAGUAGAAGCCUAUUAAAAGAAUUCCCCCUACAUGAGCAGAGUUGAAACUUAUAUUCAGAACAUGUUUGUAUUACAGUAUAUGGAACACCCACACAACUCAGCAGCCCAGCCCCAUUUGCUAUUUUAAAUUAUAUACUUGUGGCACAAAAAAACAGACCUUUCAGUGAGCCUAGUUAAGCAGAGCACAUCGGUUUUAAGUUGCAAUUUUUGAGAAGCAGCUUCCUUGCCCUUACUUUCAAAGGCAUUUCCAAUUAGUCUGUUGUGCACUUUUAGAAAUGGAAUGUCAACUUUAGGUGAACAUUCAAGUCAAUUAUGGUGAAUAGCGCAAUAAUUUUGGUCAUUUCAUAUUUUGCGUUUAUGUAAUAUUUGUAUACAAAAUUGUGUGCUUUUUAAAUUGGUUUAAUAUGUUUAAUAACUUGUUUUAAGUAGUAAGGUUGUCUUAGGAUUUCUCUGUAUAGUACAUUAAUAUAAGGUUUAAAAAUUGAGCUUUAGAGCUUGCUGCUGAAGAGGUCUAUUUUUCUACUAAGCGAUUCACCUAAUUUUCUUAUGUGCCUUGGACUUGUGCCAAAUGAUGUAAACUAAAGUAGUAAAAUUAACAGUUCUGUGUUCUUAA